AUGAGUGGACAAGGUCCUGUGGCAGCCGAGGGACCGGCAGCAGCAGGCGCCAAGCAGGCCCGGCACGGCGCUUUCCUCUCCAACGCGCUCAAGGACCUCGUAGCCGACGUCGCCGAGCUCGACAGCCUCGUGGCCGACGCUGCAACCGCCGACGCACCUCGCACUCGACCGCACUUUGCCCCGUUCCUCGUCUCGCGCGACUCGCCGACAUGGCCUCGUGUCAAGACGGCCCUCACGUCCACCUUUUCGUCGAUCGCCGAGCCCGACCUGCAAUCCGUCGAGCCAGGACCGUCGGGCAUGGCCGCCGUCCUGUUCGUCCUCGAGAGCAUGGUCGACUGGGAGGCCGACCGCAACAGCGUCCGCCAGGCCAUCUACAGCCUCUCGACAGCUGUCACUACUGCGACCGAAUCGAUCCGCCUCGCCGCACACGCCUCAGCCGAGCGUCCUCAAGAGCAACCAGCAGCUCCCCCUCGACAAGCCGAGCGCCUCGCAGCGACGCCGUCGACCCGCGAGCCGUCCGUCACCGCGCCGCCCGAGCAGCGCAACGCGACGCCGGGCCCUUCGAACCUGUCGACGCCUCGAGCCGCCCACCCGUCCAAGCCCGCCGCCCCCGCAAGUGCACCCGUCGGCUCACGCACGCGCGACACGCCGCGCCCGCCCAUCCCGGACGCGACCGCGCCGCAAGCGGCCAUCUCGAGCCGCACCCGUGGCUCGCGUCGCGCGAGCGACAUCCCUGUCGUGCGUGCGUCGGCUGCCGACCGCGAGGUGUCGCCGCCGAGGAAGAGGCGUCGACGGAGCGCGGGAAGGUCGCCGGGCGAGCGCCCGGCCAAGGAGGACCAGGUCGAGGAGGAGCAGGCCCGGCUCGAGGAGGGAGCUGCGCAAGAGCGGGCCGAGGAGCAGGCUCCCGGUCGCGUCGAUCAAGUCACGCAGGAAAAUGCGCCUCGUCCGACGGGCUCAGCCGUCACCGUGCCCCUCGUCUCGGCCUUCCUCUGGCUCCCGCACCUCCUCCUCACCGACCCUGUCACCUCUGCGCCGCUCAUGGACGCCGACACGAGCGUGCUCGGCCCGCCAGCCGACCUGCCGACCGGCCUCGACCAAGAGCUCGUCUUUGCGCGCCCGCACCUCGACAACAAGCAGAUCGAGCUCAUCAACAAGGGCACGCGCAACGGCGUCUACACGCGGUCGCGCAACACGCUCACGCUCAAGCAGGACAUGAACCUGUGCGGCCUGUCGGACUCGCGCGCGCUCGCACCGGGCCAGCCCCUCGUCCUCGUCACGUCGCGGUCCAAGUGCGUCGCCGUGGUCGAGGCCGCCUCGCGGUUCCACGACGACAAGGACCGCGAGGGCAUCAACGUGCUCCUGCGCGAGGGCGAGGGGCGGUGGUGCUACAAAGGGUGGUACGUCGCCUGUCGCGCCGCGAGCGUCCUGAUCCCUCGCGGCCCGGGCGCCGCGAGCCGUCUCGAGUCGGUCCUGCGCGACAUCCUCGAGGGCCACUGCGAGCGGACCAACGCCCGGCACGGGCGGGCCAAGGACAUGCUCGCCGACUGGGGCUUCUCCGGCGGCGUGACGAGCAGCGCCGAGGUCAUGCAGCAACUCGAGGAGGACGGCGACGACGACCUCGUCAUGCACUACGUCGCCCUGCGGUGCGUCGAGUGGGACGCAGACUCGUUCGACGAGUGGUCGCGCCGCCGAGGUGGCCGGCGGCGGCGGUGAACGGGCUUCGUCGCCCUGUCGCUCGCCUUCUCACCGUUCGCGCUCGUUGUAGACGUCAUUGCAACAGCAUACACUUCGAGAGAGCUC